AUGGAUAUCAUUGAGAUGAUUGAUAACACCACAGUAACCGAUAAACAAGGCGACGGCAUGGACGAUGGAUUGAAAUUUGGUAUUGCGAAAAUAUGUUUGUUUAGUACAUUUUUUGCACUUGGUCUUAUUGGUAACUCUCUUGUGUUAAUUGGCAUCGGUCUCAAUAAGGGCAUGCAAACAUCUACUAAUUUGUUAAUCUUCAAUUUGGCACUUGCGGACAUCUUGUUCAUUAUAGUUUGUAUUCCAACAACUUUAUUUAGUUUUUUUGGUCGCUGGCCAUUUGCCGAAAUUGGUUGUAAAAUCGCACAAUUUAUCAAUCAUUUGUCAGCUUUCAUGAGUAUCUAUUUACUUGUAUUUAUGUCUAUCGAUCGUUAUUUUGCUGUUGUACAUGCUAUUGAUUCGAUUUCAAAUUAUCGCACUACGAAGAAUACAACGAUCUCAAUUAUAGUGCUUUGGCUAAUAGGAAUAAGUAUAUGCGCACCUAUUGGUUCCUUAUUUACAGUUAUUGAAUUCGGAUCACCGAAUUCCAUGUAUUGUCUCUUGUGUUACUUUAAACCGGAGAUGAGUAAUGUUUCAAAUUUGAACAAUGCAACGAAUACCACCGAAAUUGGAACGUUACCGAUUGAAGCGAGUUUAUAUUGGAUUUGUUUUGUUAUUUUUCUCUAUGCAUUACCGUUGACAAUCAUUGUUAUUCUGUACGGUUUCAUGCUAAAAUUUCUACGUGGCGCUCGUGGUCAAUCUGUGGGCAAAAGUAAACGACGUGCUACACGAAUGAUUUUAGCUGUUAUUCUAACAUAUGCAUUGUGUUGGUUCUUUAUGCAACAAUUAUUCAUUUCGAAUAUCAUCCUUUCGAACAAUACGAGUCAUCAUUUCGCCACUUAUAUCGAUAUUUUGACAACGAUUGCAAAUGUGUUUGCUUACCUAAAUUCGUGUACAAAUCCUAUUCUAUAUGGAUUCAUGUCGAAAAAUUUUCGUUCGUCGUUUAUUGAUCUACUUUGCUGUCGGUAUUCGAAACGAAAUCUGUUUGGACCAAAUGAAAGCAUGAGGGCUCGAAGAGCACUUGAUCAAAAUAAUAAUCAGCGGCAUUCAUCAAAUUGUAAAAGUGAUUAUUUAGUACGGACAUCUAAUGCGUCGCGUUUCACUCAAUUGACUCCAAUGAUAACAACGAGUGGACCAACAACAUCGCCAUCGUUGUCUCGUCUUGCCAAUGAAUUAUCUCCCUUGUACAAUCCCAAUCACGAAAGAAAAAUGUCAUCCGACAAUGAUAGUUCACAAUAUAUUUCAGUUGAAUUAAGUGAAACAUGUCGACGACAUAUUCCCAGUGAUCAUUCACCGGUAGACUCCUAUUCUUCAUUUGAAUCAAAACCUAUCGAGGUGCUAUGUAAAUAA